CCCUCCCCCCGCAGGUGCCAUCCGCCGCCAUCCGCCCUCUCUACCCCCCCAUCCCCAGGUGAGGGGGGUGAGUUCAGGAAGCGGAGACCCCGAGGAACCCAGCAGGGUCACCAUUUGCAGCGCAACAUGGCAGGAGCUGGAGGAGGGAAUGAUAUUCAGUGGUGUUUUUCUCAGGUGAAAGGAGCAGUAGAUGAUGAUGUAGCAGAAGCAGAUAUAAUUUCUACAGUAGAAUUUAAUCAUUCUGGAGAAUUACUAGCAACAGGAGAUAAAGGUGGUAGAGUCGUCAUCUUUCAACAGGAGCAGGAGAACAAAAUCCAGUCUCAUAGCAGAGGAGAAUAUAAUGUUUACAGCACCUUCCAGAGCCAUGAACCAGAGUUUGACUACUUGAAAAGUUUAGAAAUAGAAGAAAAGAUCAACAAAAUUAGGUGGUUACCCCAGAAAAAUGCUGCUCAGUUUUUAUUGUCUACCAAUGAUAAAACAAUAAAAUUAUGGAAAAUCAGUGAAAGGGACAAAAGACCAGAAGGGUAUAACCUGAAAGAGGAAGAUGGAAGGUAUAGAGAUCCUACUACAGUUACUACACUACGAGUGCCAGUCUUCAGGCCUAUGGAUCUAAUGGUUGAGGCCAGUCCACGAAGAAUAUUUGCCAAUGCUCAUACAUAUCACAUCAACUCAAUUUCUAUUAAUAGUGAUUAUGAAACAUAUUUAUCUGCAGAUGAUUUGCGGAUUAAUCUUUGGCAUCUGGAAAUUACAGACAGGAGUUUUAACAUUGUGGAUAUCAAGCCUGCCAAUAUGGAAGAGCUGACAGAGGUGAUUACAGCAGCAGAAUUUCAUCCAAACAGCUGUAACACAUUUGUAUACAGCAGCAGUAAAGGAACUAUUCGGCUAUGUGACAUGAGGGCAUCUGCCCUCUGUGAUAGACAUUCUAAAUUGUUUGAAGAACCUGAAGAUCCCAGUAACAGGUCAUUUUUUUCCGAAAUCAUCUCCUCUAUUUCGGAUGUAAAAUUCAGCCAUAGUGGUCGAUACAUGAUGACUAGAGACUAUUUGUCAGUCAAAAUUUGGGACUUAAAUAUGGAAAACAGGCCUGUGGAAACAUACCAGGUGCAUGAAUACCUCAGAAGUAAACUCUGUUCACUGUAUGAAAAUGACUGCAUAUUUGACAAAUUUGAAUGUUGUUGGAAUGGAUCUGACAGCGUUGUCAUGACUGGAUCUUACAAUAAUUUCUUCAGAAUGUUUGACAGAAACACAAAGCGAGACAUAACCCUAGAAGCAUCGCGGGAAAACAAUAAGCCUCGCACGGUUCUGAAGCCUCGCAAAGUCUGUGCCAGUGGCAAGCGAAAGAAAGAUGAAAUAAGUGUUGACAGCCUAGACUUCAAUAAGAAAAUCCUUCACACAGCCUGGCACCCCAAGGAAAAUAUCAUUGCCGUAGCUACUACAAACAAUCUGUAUAUAUUUCAAGACAAAGUGAAUUAGGGUUGGCAUUCCUAGCAGAAGAACCCACUUCCUGCUUAGUUGAGAUAGUUGAAUCUAGCAUUCGUUCCUAUAAAAGAGAGAGGUCCAUUGUGGCGCCCCUUUCCAGUGUUUGACAGUGUGCCAUUCGACAACACAUUGUUAUAGCUACAUGGAGAAAGCUCUGUGGAUUCAUCACUGUGGUGUUCUCCAUGUCUGCUAGCCAUUUAGGUAAGGGUAGGGCACUUUUAAUUUAAAUGACUUCUUGCACCAUCUUGCCUAAUGGACUAGAUUGGACUGUAUCAACAUUGAUUUACUCCACUUUUUAUGCCUUCCAUUGUGAUGACGUCAAACACAGUGAAAGCCUUCAGUCAUGCUAUGGGAUUUAAUUGUGUAUCCUCAUUACUGUAUCAUUUGUGGGGUACACCCCUUCCCCCUUUUUUUAAAUUAAAUACAGCUCAUUCUUACUGUGGCUUGUAGCAUUCCUCCUCUUCUGGCCUCCUGGACUCCUCCCCUUCAUCUCUCUUACCCUUGCCCCCUCCACCCGGUCUUGGUGGUGGUAUAUUAAAAAAAGAAAGAAUGAAAGCACACAAAAUGAGUCAGUUUGGGGUCAGUGGUAUAAAGGGGGUAUAUGUUGCGAACAAAUGUUUUAAUAACAGUUGGCUGUAAUCACUCCUUGCCAUGUCUGGCACUGAAAAUAAGGAAAAAAAAAAACCUACUACUGAAUAAAAGUGACAAAGAAUGGAGAAUCUGGUUUUCUUUUUCUUUUUAACCUACCUCUUGUAGCCAAUAUUUUGUGUCAUACCUUUGGGCACAGUGAAACAAAAUGGGUUUUCAUUGUUUUAUUGGUAUUUUUGUUAAUUAUUUUUAACAAGUGUUCUUUUACAUGCAGGAGGAGAGGUAUUGGUUCUCUAUGAACAUAUUUUGAAUAUAUAUUGGUUUUAUUAAGGAUUUCACAAUCUAUAAAUGCUACUAGUUGGUUUUUUUCUAUUUACCGUCAUCAUGAGGGUAUUGGAUACAUUGUAUCUCUAUUUAACUCAUUAUCUGUUAAUGAAAUUGUUGUAAAUGGGAACCAAAUUUGUAGAACUUAAUUUCUACUUUUUACAGUGCUUAAUUUCAUUUUUGCCUUACUAGUCAAAGACUUAUACAACAUUUUUAACAAGUUAGAACUUUUUUUGUCAUUCAGUCAUAUAAAAUAGCAGAAAACUAACAUCAAGUGACGACAAUGCACUAAAUACUUUUUUUGUAUUUUACUGCUAUCAAAUCAGAAUGAAAUAUACUUUACCAUAGAUAUUUUUCUUCUAUUUUUGGUUUUCCAAAGCUAUAUUAAAGACAAAUUUUUAAAGGUACAGCAUUCAAAAAGUGCUUAAUGAACUCCAACAGCUGCCUCAAAAAUCUGUAUAUGAGUACAUUUUCCCUAAGCAGUGAUACAUUAUCCAAAGAUGAAGAGUGCUCCUAUUUUUAAUAGGUAGAAUGUACCUUUGUCAGUCUUGCAGAAGCUUUAAUGGAGAAGAAAUGGACUUUAUUUUUGAAAGGUGAAAUGAACAGGCAUUUAUAUUAUUAGAGAAUGGUAGUUUUAUUUUGGUUGAACGUAAUGUAACAACCUUGAAUUUCAGAGGACUCUGAGUGCUUCUAUGUCCACUACCUAUUGUUCUAUUCAAUAAUGAAAAAGAAUUCAACGAGCCGACCGUGAUUCCCUCUAUUACAAAUAUUAUGUCUUGUAAGUUCGCAUUUUUAGCACACAGGAGAAAUUUUAUGUAAUAAAAUUACUGUAUCUCUUGGAUUUAA